AUGCCCGUACCAACCAAGUCAUCUUUCUAUUUGCCGGUUGUCGACAUAAGUCCGUAUCUACAAGACCCGAACAGUGAUGGCGCACGCAAAGUAAUCGACGACGUGCGCGCUGCAUGCACUUCUACGGGCUUCUUUCAACUCCUCGGGCAUGGAAUAUCCCCGGAACUGCAGCAAUCCGUCUUUACUGCUGCAGCCAAGUUUUUUGCGCUUCCAACCGACGUAAAAUCACGCUGCAAGAACGUCGGUUUCCGAGGGUACGACCCCAUGGCCUCGCAAUCGUAUGAAGCGGGAGUACUCCCAGACCUCAAAGAAGGCUUCAUUUCUGGGACAGAUAUCCCCCUCGACGAUCCACGAGUGAUAAACCGGAGGUUUUUCAUGGGGCAAAACGCAUGGCCGCCGGGCGAGCUACUGCCGGAGACAGAUUUCCGCUACCCCGUGGAAGAAUACUACCAAGCCAUGAUGAAGCUGUGCUGGGUGGUGUUGGACCUUGUCGCGGCCACUUUGCCAUAUGGGCCCGAUAUAUUUGACGAGUUCAAGGGAAAUGACCCUGCGUGUCCGCUUCGACUACUUCACUAUCCACCCACUCCUGCCCCGGACGUGGUCAAGGGUCGUCAGCUGGGCAGUAGUGCCCAUACGGACUUCGGAGCCAUCACGCUUCUCCUGCAAGAUCAUAACCCCGGGCUUGAGGUCCAGGACCACCAAACGGGGGACUGGGUUGGGGUUCCUCCGAAGAGCGACGCUUACGUGGUUAAUCUGGGUGAUAUGAUGAGCAGAGUCACCAGGGGUCAUUACAAGAGCAGCAUUCACCGUGUCAUCAACAAGAACUUGACCGAUCGGUACAGUGUAGUGUUCUUCUUCGAUGGCAACCUGGACUACAAGUUGCAGCCGCUGGAUCGUGCUGGGCAGGAUCAGGACGAAGAAACUGUGCUCACGGUGGAGGAACACAUGUUGGAGCGUACGACCACCACUUAUAACACCAAGGCAAAGUGA